UCUAGCUUGCCAGCUUUGUAUGCCGAUCUAGCCGCCCAUCGAUCAUCGAACAAAGCAUCUUACGAGGCAAGUCUGGAAUGGUGGAGGGAAUUGUUGAGCUCUGCAUGUCUUGCAGGUCCAGAGACUUCAACAGCCGACAGACUCAUUCUACAUGUGAAUCAAGCAUUAUUAGAUGACCUAAGUUUGGACGACGUUGGUCGUCCUUUAGGAUUGGGAACUGUGAUCAUGGAAUUACAGCAGAGGAAAGAAGUUAUUGAAAUGAAACAAUUCUUAUCUUCACGUGCACGUUUCAAGAGACCAUCAUUGGGCCACCAUUUGCAAAAAUCAACAGCUUUAUCUUCUCGUGCUGCAUCGCUUGCUAUGGCUCCUCUAACAUGGGCAAUCUCUCAAUUAUCGCUAAGCUUAGGCUUCGGAGAAUCAUCAAGUGACGCUAGUGAUGAAGAUUGGGAAAAGUCUAAAGGAAAUUGGGUUGUGCUUGAGAAUGUUGAAAGAGUCGCAGAAGCUGUUCUGGCAGCCCAUCGUUCAUCUCCACGAAUAUCUGCUUUGGAUUGCUUGUUCUCACGAAGAACGUUUGUUGAAGAAGUUGUCAAACCUGCCAUUGCAGCAACGCUUCCCGAUUCAUCAACUGCAAAGUCUAGUCUAUCGGAAAGUGAUUUGGAGGUGUUGCUGAAAUAUCUAGCACGGGAUCGAAAAGUAGCACUUGUGGAUAAAGAGGUGAUCAAAUUGGAGCUUGAACAUGGAUCGAUUGAACCCGAAUCAAAGAUCACCGAACAUGAGAAAGGAAUCAUGGAUGUACGCGAUACACAUGCAAAAGUAGAAAAGCAGAUUGAAGAGAUUGAGAAGCGUAUCAAAGAGCGGCAAAGCAAAGUGGAAAAAUGUUUGAAAGAGAAUAGCAAGUCACAAGCAUUAUCCUAUCUACGAUCCAAAAAGACCCUAGAAGCUUUGUUGGAGAAACGAGUUGGCACAUUGGAAACUCUACAUGGCAUUUUGGUAAAGAUAGAACAAGCGGCAAGUGAUGUAGAAAUCAUGAAAGCUUAUGAAACGUCUACUGCAUCUCUUAAAACGUUAUUGGGCGAUGCACGCUUGCAACCUGAUCGUAUUGAUGCAAAUAUGGAUGAAAUGCAAGAAACACUGGCGAGUGCAGAUGAAGUUAGACAAGCAAUCGAUCUUGGAGCGCAAGGCAUGCGACAAGCAAGCGGAGUGGAAGAACCCGAUGAAGCUGAAAUGGAAGCUGAAUUGCUAGCCUUACAGAAAGAAGUUGAAACUGAAAAGAAGGACCGAAUCGCAGAACAAGAUGCUCAGAAAGCACAA